UGAGACGAACCAGGAAACAGUUUGUGAUUCUUCCUCAGACCAUCAGAGCUGCAGCUGCCUCAGAGUGAAUCCAGCUACAACGCUGCUGCUUCCAGCGGCUGAAACUCCACAAACUGAAGCUUCACUCACAGAAUAAAUGGCUUCCAGAUCAGAGAAGGAUCUCUGCUGUCCGAUCUGUCACGACGUCUUCACAGAUCCUGUUGUUCUGUCAUGUAGCCACAGCUUCUGUAGAGACUGUCUGAAGACCUGGUGGAGACAGAAACCAACACACGACUGUCCAGUUUGUAAGAGAAGAUGUUCAAGAGAAGAACCACCUGUUAGUUUGGUUUUAAAGAAUCUGUGUGAGUCCUUCCGGCAGCAGAGAGCUCAGAGAUCUUCAGAGUCUCUCUGCAGUUUACACUCUGAGAAACUCAAACUCUUCUGUCUGGAUCAUCAGCAGCCAGUGUGUCUCGUCUGCAGAGAUUCAGAAAUACACACCAACCACAGAUUCAGGCCCAUCAAUGAAGCUGUAAAACAACACAAGAAGGAACUUCAGGAAACUCUGAAGCCCUUAAAGGAGAAGCUGAAGGUUUCUGAAAAAGUUAAAGUGGAGUUUGAUCAAACAGCAGAACACAUUAAGGUCCAGUCCCGACACACAGAGAGGCAGAUUAAGGAGCAGUUUGAGAAGCUUCACCAGUUUCUGAGAAAGGAAGAGGAGGCCAGGAUGGCUGCACUGAGGGAGGAAGAGGAGCAGAAGACUGGGAUGAUGAAGGAGAAGAUGGAGGCUCUGAGCAGAGAGAUAGCAGAUCUUUCAGACACAGUCAGAACCACAGAGGAGCAGCUGAGAGCUGAAGACGUCUCAUUCCUGCUCAACUACAAGACUGCAGUGGAAAGAGUCCAGCGCUGCCCCCUGAUCCAGGAUCCACAGCUUCACCCAGGAGCUCUGAUAGACCAGGCCAAACAUCUGGGCAACCUGACCUUCAACAUCUGGAACAACAUGAAGGACAUGGUCUCCUACACUCCUCUCAUUCUGGACCCAAACACUGCUGGUUCAAAACUCAUCCUGUCUGAAGAUCUGACCAGUGUGACAAGAGGAGAUGAACAGCAGCUUCCUGAUAAUCCAGAGAGGUUUGAUUCUUUUGUCAGAGUUCUGAGCUCUGAAGGCUUCAACUCAGGGACUCACAGCUGGGAUGUCAACAUCGGAGACAGUUCAAAGUGGGCACUAGGUGUUUUACAAGAGUCUGUCCAGAGGAAGGCAAUGAUAGAGUCUGGAUUAUGGAGAAUAAUUUACAAUGAAGGUAAAUACUGUUCAUGGUCACCACCAGCUCCCCCCACUGUCCUCCCAGUACAGAAGAAGCUCCAGAGGAUCAGAGUGAAUCUGGACUAUAACAGAGGAAAACUGUCCUUCUCUGAUCCUGAUACUAAAACACACAUACACACCUUCAAUCACACUUUCACUGAGAGGAUGUUUCCGUACAUGUUCACCAUGAAAACACUGAAGAUUUUACCAGUAAAAGUCUCUGUGGCAGUAAAACAGAUCAGUUAGAGAUCAACAGGAUCAAUGUAUUCAACAUGUUUCUCUGUUUUACUGCUUCCUGUUCUAUCUGAUCUGUGUCUGUGGCUUUUUACAUUCCACUGCAGAUAGUGGUGAGAAUCCAAGCAAAGAAAAAAAAGAACACAAUAUUUGACAUUCAUAUUGUGAAUAUUUUCAGAAUCAGGGGGGAACUUUCUCAGAUUUUGUUGAUUUUUAGAAUGACCACAAUACCAAUAAUUGAUUAAUCCAACAAACUGUUCUUUAAAUUCUAUAAGGUUUCCCAUCAGUAAAAGUUAAUAAUGUUUAACUGCAUUCAUGACAAGUUCUUCAUGUUUAAAUUUGAUGGUUUUUUUAAAUUUUUGAGUCAGUUCAAGCGUUUUAUGUUUAAGGGGGAUUUCUUGUUUUGGUUUAAGAUUGACGUCUGGGUUUAAGGUGGACGUCUGGGUUUAAGGUUGACGUCUGGGUUUAAGGUGGACGUCUGGGUUUAAGGUGGACGUCUGGGUUUAAGGUUGACGUCUGGGUUUAAGGUGGACGUCUGGGUUUAAAGUUGACGUCUGGGUUUAAAGUUGACGUCUGGGUUUAAAGUUGACGUCUGGGUUUAAAGUUGACUUCUGGGUCUUCAGAUUAUUUUUAUAAUGCUGCAGACUGAAGAGCUGAAUCUGUCUUUAAUGAUGUUUCUCAUGUAACCUGCUCUUUCCAUCAACUUCUGGAUAACUGUGUGUCAGUUAAUAAAUAGUGAAGAAGAAAAGACUUCA